GAGCUCGGGAGGGAUCCGGUGUCUUGGGCUGCAAGCUGGUAUUGCAGCUGGCGGCGAGGCGAGGCUCUGGCCGGGAUAUUAAUAACCCGGGGCUGCAGCUUUCCAUGAGACCCUCCCAGCCAUGGCCAGCGCGGAGGAGCCCCGGGAGGGCGGCCCCUGCGGGGAAGGAGCCGGAGCCGCUGGGCUGGAGAGGGAUUCAGGGGCAGAGGACAAUGCUUCACUCCAAGAGAAGAAAUCUGAAUUCCUACAAGGGGAAGAGGUCCUGAACCCAGAGAUGACUCUGUCCCUACAGGGGGAUGUCAACUUAGAGGAUAUUUUCUACCUUGGAACCACAGGUGAUACUGAUGAUGUGCUCUAUGUAGAAGAGACCUUGAACUCAGAAGAGGAAGCUGACCCAGAGGAGAUACUAUGUGUAAGAGAGACUGUCACCCCAGAGGAGACACUGUGUGUAGAGGAGACAGUCACCCCAGAGGAGACACUAUGUGUAAGGGAGACUGUCACCCCAGAGGAGACACUGUGUGUAAAGGAGACAGUCACCCCAGAGAAUACAUUGCAUCUGAGGGAAGAAGUCACCCCAGAGGAGACACUGUAUGUAAGGGAGAUGGUCAUCCCAGAGGAGACAUUGCAUCUGAGGGAAGAAGUCACCCCAGAGGAGACACUGCACGAGGUAGAGAGAGUUGAUGCAGAGGAGACACCAAAUGCAGAGGAGACAAAUGCACCAGGGGAGAAAGCCCAUUGUGAGGAGAACCUUGCUUCCAAGGAGAAUCUCAGGGUUGAGGACAGCCUGAGUCCAGAGGAGCUGGAGCUUCUGGAAUGCCGUUUUCAGCAGUGCAUUGAAGCUGUGGCUCAGUUGGAGGAGGAGCGGGACAGUCUCAUCCAUGAGCUGGUGCUGCUUCGAGAGCCGGUUCUGCAGGAAGUGCAGAAGGUCCACCAGGAUAUUCUGGUUGCUUACAAGCUCCAUGCCCAAGGGGAGCUGGAGUGUGAUGGGCUAAGGGAGGAGAUCCGGGUGGUGAAGCAAAAGCUGUUCAAAGUGACAAAAGAAUGUGUAGCUUGCCAGUACCAGCUGGAGUGCCGGCAGCAGGAAGUCGCCCAGUUUGCCGCCUGCCAGGACGAACUCACCGCUCGUGUUGCCCAGCUGUCUGAGGAGCUGACCCAGCUCAAAGACACAUGUGAGAAACAGAAAGGGCAUUUUCGGCAGCAGCUGGAAGCCCCUCGGGGUCAGGGGGAUAGCCAUUUUCUACAGGAGAGCCGGAGGCUCUCUGCUGAGUUUGAGAGUUUCAUGGCGGAAAGCCGCCAGGGCCUAGAAGAAGAGUAUGAACCCCAACUGAUGCGACUCCUUGAGAGGAAGGAUGCUGGGGCAAAGGCACUACAGAAAACACAGGCAGAAAUUCAAGGGAUGAAGGAGACCUUGAGACCACUACAAGCAGAAGCCAGACAACUCCGUUUGCAAAACAGGAACCUAGAAGACCAGAUCUUGCUUGUGAGACAGAAGCGAGAUGAGGACGUGAAACAAUACAGGGAACAGAUGGAAGAAAUGGAAGACAGUCAGAGGCAAUUGAAAAGCAGGGUCCAACUCCAGGAGCAGAAGAACAAAGAGAUGGAGGAGCUUAGGAUCAGCCUCACUGAAGAGCUCUCUAUUUAUAAGGCUAUGCUACCCAAGAAGUCAGAGCAGCUCGAGGCCCCCACUCCUGCGGGAAGUGGAACGGAGACACAGUCUCAAGGAGCUGUUUAGAAAUCUAUGGCCGACUCUGUAACCCGGAAACAAAAGACAAAACCUCCUAAUGAAAGAGCACUAAAGCCUCACUGGACGUUUUUUCUUUGCAGUGUGAAAGGGAGUAUGAGGAACCUGGUGACAGGAGUAAGCACUAGUCUGUCAGUUUUACAGACUCGCUGCCCACCCCCCCAGAAGCAGAAUACUGGGCAACCCUCAGCUUAUAGGGCAUAGAGCUUAUUGCACUGAAGAAUGGAAGCACCUGCUGCCCCCAGCAGACUAAUGUGCACGCUAUGAAAAGGACGACCAAUGUAUGCCUUGCGGUGUUCUGGAGCAGAAAUUGUUGCCUUACUUUGACUCAAAGCUCUAAGCCUUUGUAAGGCAGAGCAAAUGUCAACAAGGCAGCCUAUUUUAAUUAAGUGAAGUUUUAAAGUUUGAUUUAUUCAUGCCACAAGUGUCUGACUUUAAAUAGAAGUUUUUCUUAAAGCUAAGCAUUUAUAAGGGUGCUGUGGGCUCCAGUAGCUUCAUUUCUUUAUUCAUAUCAAUAGUUUCCAAUACACAGCACACACAUUUCAUGCUGAAAACAAAGGACCAAAAGUUUUCAGACCAAAAUGGUUUAAGGCUGUUUGGACUUUCACAGAAUUUUAGCCUUAUGAAGACAGCUGUGGUACAAAGCGAUGCACUUGGGUAAUAAAAGAGGUGGCCAAGCACCUGGAAUACUAUUUGGUAUUAUUAGGUCUUGAAAAGUAAAACCUUCACAGCCUAUUAUUACUAACCUGUAGGUACAAGUCCCACUAGGGAAAAAUACCAGUACAUUAUAGGAAGGGCCAACAUCCAAAUUUAAAAUUUCUCUUGAAGUUUCUCUACAACAGUCUCUUAAUAUUCUUGAAGACUUAUGUAUUUAUUUAUUUAGAUAAAGAUGAGCAAUAAACUUCAGAAGAAAAAAAACACAAACAUUCCAUCAGAAUAACUCAGGCCCUGCUGCUGAUACUUUGUUUGAUGUCUCUUCAUUUAUAUCUAUGAAAAGCUAAAUGUUUUUCUGAAACUGAUAUUAACUUUACUUUUGUUUGAAUUUGUCUCAGUACACUUCAAGAAUUCUGGGUAUAAAAUAAAAACUCACAACAGUUGUUAUAUAGAAAAACAAUUUAUUCCAUCAUAAGCACUUACAGUUAGUCAUAGACAGUAACAGGUUGCUGGUUGGACAAGUUACCCCAAAGGACAUCGUAUAAAACGAGUGGUCAAGGACUAAUUCCAUUUAUGUGGGGUAUAUUGGAAAAAACUUUAUUUUUUUAAGAAAGGAAAAAAGGAAGAAAAGCCAUCCAGAAUUAAUUUUAAAGUAUAUUUCAGCUACCAAUUGCUCUGUUUUCAGAUUACUGGGCAGUUAACCAGCAGUACAUCUGUCAGGUAAAAACAUACAUCUUUAUAACCUGGUGG